AUGAGAUUCUUCAUCAUCCUUCUUUUGGCUCUCUUGGCUGUCACUGCUCUUGGUAAGUCGACAUUACAGUAUCUUUGAAAGCUUGUUAUAAUAAAAUACAACUUCUAAUAUAAUAAUCUAUAGGAGCCGCCCACCACGGUAAGAAGCCAGCCCACCACCCUCCAGCCCACAAAGCUCCAGCUCACAAAGCCCCAGCCAAAGCCGGUACUAAAGCUCCAUCUGGAACUGGUGCCACUUCAGCUGCCAAGACUACUGGUGCUGCUGCGGCCGCUACUACCGCCAAGGCUGCUUAA